AUGAUUUGUAUUUAAUGUUUGUAAUGCAUUUAUACUGAUGUAGCUCAAUCUUAUUGAUUUGACAGUCAAAGAGAAGAGCGGUGAUGAGAAACCAAAGAAGGUCAGAACAGUGCUGUCUCUGAAACUAUCGAAAUGUUGUAUUCUAAUCCAAAUUUCUCUCAGCAAUACGCCGUAGAUCUACUUCUUUAUUUUCUUCAUUUUUCAAUUCAUUCAUUUUAGAAAACAGUGUUAAUGUUGAUGGGGCUGUUGUGUUUACUCAGCUGCUUAAGAGUUUGACUAGAUUAAACCAGUAGAGCCCUUAUCUAAUAACCGUCUGUAUAAACAGAUUUAGAUUUCUAUCAAAAAUGAUAGCUGUAAACUGCAAUAAGGCUAAUUUAUAGACAUACAGUAUACUAAGUGCACUUAAUUAUACCGCACAAAACCUGGAACAUCAUUUAUUACUUUGGUUGCAUUACUCACAGAUUUCAAGUAAUUAGAAAAUGAAACAUUUAUGUUACAUAGCUGCAGAGUGCUUGUGUUUAUUUACAGAAUCCUUGCAGUUAAUGCCCUGAAGCAGCUGCUAAAUGACACUAUAAAUCUGGGUUGAAUAAUCAAGUUGACUUCACCGUUGGGUUUUACAUAGAUGCAGUAAAUAAUCUUAUGAUCACCAUUUGAAGGCACAGUGUACCUUUGGUUCACUAGUGAAUGUGGGAGGAAGGGUGUCUCACCUGUAGCAGAGCUUUUAAAGAAUCCACAAAUAUCAGGAACUCAGCUGCCACCUGCUGGACAACAUGUAUUCAUUUACGUUUAAGUUCCCAGACCUGGUGCUGGAGUAAUUGCUGUCCUGUGCAUUUUAGUGUUUUUCCUGCUCUAACACACCCACUGAAUCUCAGGAAGGGUUGUUAGUUAGCUGAUUAGGGUUUUUUUUUUUUUUUUCCAGGUGUGUUAGAGCAGAGAAAACACUAAACUGUGCAGGUUAGGGGGUACUCCAGGAACAAAGCUGGGAACCUGUGUUUUAUAGAUUUUACUUUCAUCACAUUUUAGCCAGUCUGAUAUAAUAUGUCUGUCUCUGUGUGUGUGUGUGUGUGUGUGUGCGUGUGUGUGCGUGCGUGCGUGCGUGCGUGCAGAGCAUGGAAUGCUGUGGUUAUCCAGUCAGUAUAUUUUUCAUCGUUGUCAACGAGUUUUGUGAGAGGUUCUCCUACUAUGGAAUGCGUGGUAAGAGAACAGCGAAAUGUGCAGUGCAGUUAUUGGAAUAAUAAUGGCUUUAAUAAAACAAUAAUACUUUCAGUGACCAACAGCAUAAAAUCACAAUGCAACCGUGAGAAAGUAUUUAAUUGUUCUGACUUGCACAAAAUUGGAGUACAAAGAAAGCUGGGGUGGGGGUACUGUUUUUUUUUAUAUAUAUAUAUCUUGGUCAGUUAUAUAACAGUUACAGAUUACAUUUAUGACCUUGUGGGAACAUUUUGCUUAAGUCUUAAUUAUGUCAAUUGGAUAGUAGGACAAACAUUUUGUUUCCUCCUAGCGGUGCUGGUGCUGUACUUCAGGUACUUCCUGCGUUGGGAUGAUGACCUCGCCACCUCCAUCUAUCACGCUUUUGUGGCCCUGUGCUACUUGACUCCCAUACUAGGCGCCAUCGUGGCUGACUCCUGGCUUGGAAAGUUUAAAACCAUCAUCUACCUGUCCAUUGUGUAUGCCAUCGGCCAGAUCGUCAUGGCAGUCAGUGCUAUUCAAGACAUCACCGACACAAACAGAGAUGGCACACCAGACAAUAUGACAGUGCAUGUUGCCUUGGCAAUGAUAGGGCUGAUUCUCAUCGCUCUUGGUACAGGUGGCAUCAAACCCUGUGUGUCUGCGUUUGGAGGAGAUCAGUUUAAGGACCACCAGACAAGGCAGAGAAGUACGUUUUUCUCUGUGUUCUACCUGUGUAUUAAUGCUGGCAGUCUCCUCUCCACUCUCAUCACCCCCAUACUCCGAGGUCAGGAGUGUGGUAUUCACAGUACACAGAAAUGCUACCCGCUGGCUUUUGGUGUUCCUGCAGCCCUCAUGGUGGUCUCUCUGGUUGUGUUCAUUGCUGGCAGUGGUAUGUAUGUUAAAGCCGCACCCAAGGGCAACAUUAUGCUGGAUGUGUCUAAGUGCAUUGGGUUUGCUGUUAAGAACCGUUUCAAUCACAGGAGCAGUAAAUACCCAAAGAGAGAGCACUGGCUGGACUGGGCUGAUGAGAAAUAUGAUAAACUCCUCAUUGCUCAGAUUAAGAUGGUGCUCAAAGUGCUGUUCCUCUACAUCCCUCUCCCAAUGUUCUGGACUCUAUUUGACCAAAAGGGCUCCCGUUGGACCCUCCAAGCCACCACCAUGGAUGGGACCUUUGGAACACUGGUUCUGCAGCCGGAUCAGAUGCAGACAGUGAACCCCAUUUUGAUUCUCACCCUGGUGCCCAUCAUGGACAGAAUAGUGUAUCCUCUCAUCAGAAAGUGUGGCUUCAACUUCACCCCUUUGAAGAGAAUGACUGUUGGGAUGUUUUUGGCUGCCAUGGCUUUUGUGUCUGCAGCUCUGGUCCAGAUUCAGAUCGAUAAAACACUGCCAGUUUUCCCAUCCUCUACACAAACUCAGCUGAAGGUAGUGAACAUGGGAAGUGCUCAGCUCCAAGUCAACAUCCCUCCCAAUACAAUUGUUCAGCUCGGAUCCCUGAAGGCCAGUAAGGACUACAUGACCUUUGACAGUCCAAACAUUACAGUUUUGUUGAACACAAAUCCUGUGAUCAAUAAAGCCUUCACCCUGAGUUUGGGACAGCGUCAUACCCUCAUUAUCCCCUCUGAUCCUAAUGCCAUGUAUCUGACAGAAGAUUUAACCGCCAAACCAGAGCAAGGCAACAAUGCAGUCAGAUUUGUAAAUGGUAUGAGAACAGCAUUGAAUGUUUCAAACAUUGCACUCAUCGAACCAUCAGCUGUUUCAAACAACACACUGGUUUCACAGGGGUCUCGGAAGUUUACCAUCACUGACGGUAUGAAUUCGUGUCAGUUCUCAACACAGUUUGGGUUUGGAGGAGCGUACACCUUCCUUAUCCCCAGCACACUGAUCUGGAAUGAAAAUUGUGGUAAUGUAGUGACAGUGGAAGAUAUUCAGCCCAAUACUGUGCACAUGGCCCUUCAGAUCCCACAGUAUUUCCUCAUCACUGCAGGAGAAGUGGUGUUCUCUGUCACCGGCCUGGAAUUCUCAUACUCACAGGCCCCCAGCAACAUGAAGGCAGUACUGCAGGCCGGCUGGCUCUUAACUGUGGCUGUGGGAAACAUCAUUGUGCUGAUUGUGGCAGAGCUGGCAAAGCUACCAGAAAAGUGGGCAGAGUAUGUGCUGUUUGCUUCUCUGUUAGUGGCAGUGUGUAUAAUCUUUUCAAUAAUGGCAUAUUUCUACACCUACAUCGACCCUGCUGAGAUUGAGGCCAAGUUCAAGCAAAACAAUGAGCAGGAACCAGAUGAGAAAGAAGCAAAAGAAAGUAAAGCUUUAGAGAUGGAAACACAUAAGACAUUGCAAAGCCAAGAAAAUGAAAUCAAAUUUACUAAAAUUUGAUUAAACUAUGAUUUACCCCACCAUGUACCAUCCAAUGACUAAAUUAUCUUAACAGAUCAUUUCUGAUAUCUUGAAAGAUGUACCAGUGUGCUUACAGACAUUGUGAGUGCCAGAAAUAAAUAUCAUGUGUAUAGAUUCAGAAUAAAAAGUUUAUAGAUAGACCUACUCUAAAUGAACAACCAAAAUGAAAGUAUGGUGAACUGUGAAACAAUAUUAUUAUUAUAAAUAUAGACUAAUGUAUUUUAUAAAUAUAUGUGUACAUAUACCAAUUUGUUAAACUGUAGAAAAAACUCAUUUGCAGGUGAAAAUAUCUAUAUCAAAAUUACCUUAAAAUUACAUUUAAGUUCAGAACCUGCUUAAUGAAUCUCUGGAAGACCAACAAUAAAUUUGUCCCAUUUGCAGAAAUGCAUAAA